GGUCAAGAAGAUUACGAUAGACUUCGUCCAUUAUCAUACCCACAAACUGAUGUUUUCUUAAUUUGUUUUGCUAUUAUCAGUCAAACUUCAUAUACAAACGUUAAAUCUAAAUGGUGGCCAGAAGUUACUCACCAUUGCCCAAAUUGUACAAUUAUACUUGUUGGCACUAAAUGUGAUCUUAGAGAAGAUAAAGAAAGCUUAGAAAAACUCAGAGAAAAACAUCAACAACCACUUACUUUCCAACAAGGUGAACAAAUGGCAAAAGAAAUUAAAGCUUUCUGUUAUAUGGAAUGCUCUGCUCUUACUCAAAAAGGCCUUAAACAAGUUUUCGAUGAAGCAAUUAAAGCUGUCAUUUUCCCAGACAGAGAUAAGGGUACAAGCAAAAAGAACUCAAAAUGUUCAAUUUUAUAA